AUGGGGAACACCUGUGUUGGUCCUAGCAUUUCGAAAAAUGGUUUUGUUCAAUCAGUUUCCGCUGCUAUUUGGCGGUCUAAUUUGCCCGAUGAAUCAGUGUCUAAUAGAGAAUCUGUAAAAGAGGAAGCUACUAGUGUGCCCGAAUCGCCUUUGCCUGUCCAAAACAAACCUCCUGAACAGAUAACUAUGCCGAAACCAGAAUCCAAACAAGAGGCAAAAUCAGAAAUAGAACCAGCACAGGAGCAGGAGCAGGAGAAGAAGAAGCACAGGAAACAUGGUUCGGUGAAGAGAGUUUCUAGUGCAGGGCUUCGGGUUGAUUCCGUGUUGCAAAGAGAAACUGAUAAUUUGAAGGAGUUCUUCACUCUUGGGAGAAAACUUGGACAGGGUCAGUUUGGGAUGACAUUCUUAUGUGUGGAGAAGGCAACAGGACACGAGUAUGCCUGUAAAUCUAUUGCAAAAAGGAAGCUUGUAACAGAUGAUGAUGUUGAAGAUGUGAGAAGAGAAAUUCAGAUAAUGCACCACUUGGCUGGGCAUCCUAAUGUUAUAUCCAUCAAAGGUGCAUAUGAAGAUGCUGUGGCUGUUCAUGUUGUGAUGGAGUUGUGUGCAGGUGGAGAGCUUUUCGACAGGAUUAUUCAGCGUGGGCAUUAUACUGAAAGACAGGCAGCUGAGCUAACCAGGACUAUAGUCGGGGUUGUGGAAGCUUGCCAUUCUCUUGGUGUGAUGCACAGAGACCUUAAACCUGAGAAUUUUCUCUUUGUCAAUCAGCAAGAAGAUUCACUUCUAAAAACUAUUGACUUUGGAUUGUCUGUCUUCUUUAAGCCAGGUGAUAUCUUUUCUGAUGUGGUGGGCAGCCCCUACUAUGUUGCCCCUGAAGUUUUGCGAAAGCGUUAUGGUCCUGAGGCAGAUGUGUGGAGUGCUGGUGUUAUCCUUUACAUUCUUUUGAGUGGAGUACCUCCAUUUUGGGCUGAAAACGAACAAGGAAUAUUUGAACAGGUUCUGCGUGGCGAUCUUGAUUUUUCUUCCGACCCCUGGCCUACCAUUUCAGAGAGUGCAAAAGAUUUAGUGCGAAGAAUGCUUGUUCGUGACCCUAGAAGGAGAUUGAGUGCGCAUCAAGUAUUAUGUCAUCCUUGGAUUCAAGUUGAUGGUGUAGCUCCUGACAAGCCACUUGAUUCUGCUGUAUUAAGUCGCUUGAAGCAAUUUUCUGCUAUGAACAAGCUCAAGAAAAUGGCUCUUAUAAUUAUUGCCGAGAACUUAUCUGAAGAAGAAAUUGCUGGCUUAAAAGAGAUGUUCAAGAUGAUAGAUGCAGACAACAGUGGUCAAAUCACUUUUGAUGAACUUAAAGCUGGUUUGAAAAGAGUGGGUGCUAAUCUUAAGGAGUCUGAAAUUUAUGAUUUAAUGCAAGCGGCUGAUAUUGAUAACAGUGGGACAAUUGAUUAUGGCGAGUUCCUUGCUGCAACAUUACACCGCAACAAAAUUGAAAGAGAAGAUAAUCUAUUUGCAGCCUUUUCUUACUUUGAUAAAGAUGGAAGUGGCUAUAUUACUCAGGAAGAACUUCAACAGGCUUGUGAUGAAUUUGGCAUAAAAGAUGUUCAUUUGGAAGAGAUCAUCAAGGAGAUUGAUGAAGAUAAUGAUGGACGCAUAGAUUACAAUGAGUUUGUGGCUAUGAUGCAGAAAGGAAAUCUUCCAGCGGUUGGUAAGAAGGGCCUAGAAAAUAGCUUCAGUAUUAAGUUCAGGGAGGCAUUAAAAUUGUAG